UUUUCGGUAACGCAACCUGUAGCAAAGCAGUCGUUCGUUAAAUACAUCUGUGAGCGCUAACACUACCGAGCUAACAUCGCCUCGUCCAACACGGCAUGCACACAAUUGACAGCUAAAGUUGUACACGUUAAAGGCUCUUACCUCACUCAGUUGAACCACAGGCUGUUGUGAUGUCGGAGCCCAAGCCCCCAACCCCAACCCCUGGAGACAACUACAAGGGCUGGCUCUUCAAAUGGACUAACUACAUUAAAGGUUACCAGAGACGCUGGUUUGUCCUAAGCAAUGGACUUCUGUCUUACUACAGGAGCCAGGCAGAGAUGGGUCACACAUGUCGAGGCACCAUCAAUUUGGCAACUGCCAAUAUUGCUGUUGAGGACUCCUGUAAUUUUGUCAUUUCCAAUGGAGGGGCACAAACCUAUCACCUUAAGGCCAACUCAGAAAUAGAGCGCCAGCGAUGGAUCACUGCUCUGGAGCUUGCCAAGGCAAAGGCUGUCCACAUGCAGGCUGAAUCAGAUGACUCAGGCGAUGAAUGUCCAGCUGUGCCCCCCACCUCAGGACAGGGUGGCGGUUGCCGUAACUCAGAAGUCCAGUCCACACUACGCACACUCAACAGCAAGGUGGAGGACCUCACCACCUGUAAUGAUCUUAUUGUAAAGCAUGGCUCUGCCCUCCAAAGGUCUCUGACAGAACUGGAGGCGGUUCGUGUCGGAGGCGACAUGGGGGAAAAGAUAAGACAAGUUACAGAAAGAGCAACGCUGUUCAGAAUAACCUCCAACGCCAUGAUUAAUGCUUGUAGAGACUUUCUCUCCCUGGCACAGAGCCACAGUAAGCGCUGGCAGAAGGCCUUACAGGUUGAAAGAGACCAGAGGAUACGGCUGGAGGAGACUCUGGAGCAGCUUGCUAAACAGCACAACCACUUGGAAAGAGCUUUCCGAGGAGCUACAGUUCUCCCAUCUUCAUUCAGCAAUUCCACCUUAGGAAACAAAGGUGGGGCAGGAAAAGGUGACGCCAGUGAUGAGGAUGAUGAUAACGAAUUCUUUGAUGCUAUGGAAGACCCAGCAGAGUUUAUUACUGUCCCUGCUGAUCCCAAGUAUCACAGAAGAUCUGGCAGCAACGUCAGCGGGCUCAGCAGUGAGACUGGAAUGGACGAUCAGUCCGUUAAUUUUGAUGAGCAGUCUUUGGCAUCCAAUCCAGAGUCUCCACAGCCCCUGGAGCUAGAGCCAGUUAGACAAAGAAGGACACGAAUCCCCGACAAGCCCAACUAUUACCUCAACCUGUGGAGCAUUAUGAAGAAUUGCAUUGGAAAGGAGCUCUCAAAGAUACCAAUGCCUGUGAAUUUCAAUGAGCCCCUCUCAAUGCUGCAACGUCUAUCUGAAGACCUGGAGUACUUCGAACUGCUGGAUAAGGCUGCUAAAUGUCAGAGCUCUCUGGAGCAGAUGUGUUAUGUUGCUGCGUUUACAGUCUCCUCCUAUUCCACAAGUCACCGCACAGGAAAGCCCUUCAAUCCUCUACUGGGUGAAACAUUUGAGCUUGACAGGCUAAAAGAGUGCGGCUACCGCUCCCUCUGUGAACAGGUGAGUCACCAUCCACCUGCUGCUGCUCACCACGCCUUCUCAGAAAAGGGCUGGAGCCUCAGACAAGAAAUCACCUUGGCCAGCAAGUUCAGAGGAAAAUAUCUUUCCAUCAUGCCUUUGGGUUCUAUUCAGUGUCUAUUUGAAAAGAGCAACAAUCACUACUCCUGGAAGAAAGUGACAACAACAAUACACAACAUUAUUGUUGGUAAAUUAUGGAUUGACCAGUCAGGCGAGAUCGAUGUGGUGAACCACAAGACAGGAGAUCGCUGCCACCUGAAGUUUACUCCUUACAGUUACUUCUCUAGGGAUGUACCAAGAAAGGUCACUGGAGUUGUCACAGACAAGGAAGGAAAGGCCCACUAUGUGCUAUCAGGAACCUGGGAUGAGAAGAUGGAGUUUUCCAGAGUAAUGCAGAGCAGUAAAGGCGAGAACGGCACCGAAGGCAAACAGAGGACUGUCUAUCAGACACUCAAAGCGAAAGAAAUCUGGACAAAGAAUCCUUUACCAGAGGGAGCGGAGAACAUGUACUACUUCUCCUCACUGGCCUUGACGCUCAAUGAGCAUGAAGAGGGAGUGGCGCCGACAGACAGUCGCAGACGCCCUGACCAACGGUUAAUGGAGGACGGCCGUUGGGACGAGGCCAAUGCAGAAAAACAGAGACUGGAGGAGAAACAACGCAUUACACGGCGAGAGAGGGAGAGGGAGGCUGUCAAGGUAGCCAGUUCACCUGAGGAAGCUGUCACUGAGGAUUCAAUCAAUGAUUCACCCUUGAAAACUGAUGCAGUGGAGACUGCCACAGAAGCUAAUGAGGUUUCAGAAGAAACUGACACAGAGGACUCUCCCCCUCACACACCUGUUGCAUCCUCUUAUGGACCAUCUCCUCCCCCUUAUACAAGCAUCCAUCAGGACAACCACCAGGCACUGUGGUUUGAGAAGUUGGACGACCCAGUAUCCGGAGAGACCUUGCAUGUCUACAAGGGCGGUUACUGGGAGGCAAAGGACCAAGCUGAAUGGGACCUGUGCCCCGACAUCUUCUAAUCCCAGCUGGGUCCAUGUAUGGUGCACAAAUGAGAGGAUGAAAAGAGGUGAUUUACCUUUCUUCAGCUAAAGUGGGGAAUCAAGCCGAACUUUAACCUAUCAUCAGCUUCAACCAAUGUUCCCAGUAUGCUCUCUCAGGAUCAAGGGUAUCUGGACUUGACUCCUAAAGUACAAUGUAAAGCAUAUUGUGGCAUUGUUGUAACAUUGCAGCUGUUCAGAGUUCCCUCUUCACUGACUCAAACAUCUGUGUUUAUUUUUAUGUUCACUGUUCAUGUUAAGUUCAGUUCUUGGUCCAGUUUUUGUUUUACAAAUGGCAUCAAAAUAUUCUGGAUAUGCGAUCACGCAUUUUCUUUAAAAGCACUAUUGUCAAAGGAAUAAUUAAUUAAUAUCACUAUAUAUAAUAUAAAUGUUAGGCCCAUGCCUUACCUGUCAUUUGGUGUUGUUACCUUUGCAUUCCUGACUCUGAUUAUUCACAAAGAACAUAUUCCUGCUCCCUCAGCUCAGUGCUGCUGUAAAGUCACACCAAACAUAAAAGUUCAACUGGUAACUAUUCACUAUUUCAGUUUAAAACCUUAAAAUCAAAAGCAUUCAAGCUUCAAUUGCUCUGACAAAAAAGAGAUACAUAUUUUUUUUCCUAACAGGGAAACAGUUCUGACUUUAGAUGUCAUCUCUAUCUCUAGCCUACAAGUUUUCUACUCGAGUUCAGCUACCAAAAUCAAAAAUUGAGAACCCCGAAAAUUGUUGACGAGGAAACAUUUGAUGUUAGUUUGUCUGACUACUAAAAUAUUCAGCUGUUAUUUUUCAAAUCAGGAUGAUUGACAAAAAGCAUGCAAAAAGGGGCUACUUCAGCAAAAACAAAUGACCUUUCUUCACUAUAUAAGAAUGACAUUUCAUUUUUUCGGUUCUCAUAUUAGUGAGGACGAAUGACAUUUCUCUGUGUAGCCCACUUAAUUUAAAAUGAUACCAUAUUGAAUAGUCCAUGAAAUACUAGAACCAAACGUGUAUAAUUACUAAUGAAAGUAUGAAGAUACCAACUAUUGUGUUUAUAAUGUUGUGUUUAAGUACAGGGCUUCAUUGUGUCAUGUUCACACACCAUCUGAUAUGAAGGGGGCGUGCUCAUGCUAUAACUGGGUGUAAAGUUGCUCUUUAAACAGCAUAGCUGUUAGUCACUUAAAGAAAGAGCCUUCUAGGAUGAAAUCAUACAGUGAGUGAAAUGAACUCAAAUCUAUGUAUUGACAAUGAAAUAUGUUAAAAAGUCUAUUUUUCAUUGUCCAUCCCGAACACAGUCCAGACUUAUAUUUUCACAUCUGCAGUUUGUGCCGUUAAUAAUUUGGUAGGUUAUUCCAAUUCAGCUUUUAAAGUUGUAAAUGUUGAAGCUCAUUGUCAAACUGUUGCGCUUCAGAGCAGCAGAGCUAUGUCUUGUUUUCUCCUGGUUGACAGAUUGGAUAAAUGAAAAGAAAUUGAGUUGUUUUCUUCUUCAAACCUCUUGAUCCUAGCUUUAAUUCUGAUUAAGGUUUUUUUAUACAGCAAUAAGAGUGCCCUAGUGUGUACACAUGUGGCACAAAUGAAAUGUGAGGACAGUGUGAAGAAAAGACCUCCAGAGUCUCAAUGUUGACAUCGUAUUUGUCUUUGUAGCUGUUUGUAAAAUGAGAGUGGAAAGACUGCUUGAUGAAAAUGUAAAUUUCAUUUUAUAUUCAAGUGUACUUAAAAGAAGAACACUCAAAAUGAAGAUCAUAAUACAUAACGUUUUAAAUAUUUCUGUGUGAAUAAAUAUAUAUAUAUAUAUAAUCGUAAUGUGAUUGUGAUAUUAACAUGUUAUUUUGAUAGAAAAUCUAAUGGCAGCGAUGCACUUUUGAUUUUUUUCUCUUUACUGGAUGUUCAUUGUGUGAGCUGAGUGUACCAUAUUACAAAGAGCCGUCUUCUUAUCAGCUAGAGUAGCUUUAUUUUAAAUGAGUUUUUUUUGUUGCUUGAACCAUUCCUUACUGUGAUUUAAUGUUGCUUAGAGUGUGAGAGAGAAGAAAAUACAGUUUGAUGCACAUUACAUUUCACAAAGAGUUUACAGCUUUCUGUACUCUUUUAAACUCUUUGUUCCCACUAGAUCCUUUUUUACCAAUUCAUUCCCCAAUCCUCAUUUUCCUUGUUUUUCUUAACUUUCUACAUUGUUCAGUCCUUGUUAUGAUUCCUGCGCUGUGGAGAUUGUCAUGACACAUUUUGCUGCAUCUUACCACACUUCUUAGAAAGUGACUGAAGUUUUUUUUUUUUUUUUUUUUUUUGCAUACAUCCAUUAUUUAUCAUCCUGUGUGAAUUAACUGAUCCACUUUUUAUGUUGGAUAAUGAGGAGUUUUUCAUAUUGUGAGUUUGUUUUGAAGAUUCCGUUAAUCAGUGUGCACUAAUUGCAAACACAUGUUCAUUAGUUUAAAUAUGAAUGGGAACUGAGUCAUUGUUCUGAACAUACCUUUUCACUUACUCUGCCCUUCAAUGCAGUUUUUUUUAACAGGGUUUUGUUAGAGGAUAACAAUAUUAAAGUUUGAGUGGAGGUGAAGUGCUACGGUU